UGCGAGGUACGAGUAACUGUAUUUUCUAACCACGAUUUAAGAUGUCUCAAAUUGUGUUACUAAAUUCUAACCUAUCCAUAGACCGCAUAGAGUAAAGACAUAAACCCGUCUGCAGACCAUUCUACCGUUCGUCCGUACUCCGCACUCGUGCAUAGAUCAUUUUGGAAUUUUUUUUUUGUUCAUGAUGAUGAUGAAGAAUUCGUAGUGUUACAUAAAUUUUUCAAUUUGAUUAUUGCAAUUAUAUUUCCGAUACUUCUGGCUUUCUAAUUAUUGUUAUUAUUGUCUAUUGUCUCGUAGUUAACAUUUUUUAAAUUGCGAUUCAUGAUAAGUAUUGAAAUAUACAUCAAAUAUGUUUGAUUUUAUAAAAACACCAUUCAAAAAUAGUAAAGUAUCAAUUUCCCGUCCAUUUCUUUGUGAUAAAGUAAAAGAAUUUGGUACUUGCGAAGGAACAUGUGCAGAGCGUCAUAUUUUGUGUAAAACACUUGAUAAAAAAUGUCUCAAUAUUCCUAUGAAAUGUUUGGUUACAAUAAAACUGACAAAAAUUGUAAGUGCUUCACAUUUUUAUGGCAGAAUUCUUAAGUAUAGUACCAAAAAGAAUCCUACAAAAGAUCAAGAUUGGAUUAAUAUCGAUGACUCGUUUGAAAAAAUAAAACAUGAAUUAAAAAACAUCUGUUCAACUCCAAAUACUAUCAUUUUAUGUGAAACCUUUUCUAUUGGUGAAAUGGUUAUGAUACAAACUGAAGAAGAAUCAUUUUAUCGAGCAGUUGUCUUGGAUAUAGUACAUGGAUGGCUUACAGUUAAGGUAAAAGUAAUAUUAAUUGACAUUGGACAAACAAAAGAAAUUAGUUCAAAUAAAAUAUUUGUACUGCCAAACCAUUUAAAAGAAUUUCGGCCUGUAGCUGUUGAAAUCAUCAUAUCUUCCAUGGAACCUGUGGUAGAAGGAACGUCUGUAUUCAAAUGGCCAAUUGAUACAACAAAAAUUGUACGUAGUUUAUUAGAACCAUUUAUUUUGACAGAUUUAGAAUUUAUUUGCAAAGUUGAACUUACAUUAGGAAAAAAUGUAUGGGUUAAUUGGAUAUUAGCUAAAAAAUGUAUUAAAUGUUCUCACUUUGCAUGUAAACUUUAUAAAAGUUCUUUGAUAUUACCAAAUGAAUUAAUUAAACGCAAUCUUGCAAGACAAAGUUCUUGUCUAAUAGAUAAGUUAAUUAGCUUAGAUAAAGAUGCUCUAAUAUGGAAAAAACACCUAAAUGUUGCAAAACCACCAAUUGUUAAAAAAUCAAAUAUACCAUUAUUUUCAUGUGAUAGACCAAAAAAUGAAGUUGAUGAAGUAAUACAAGUACAGUGGGCUCAUUUGUCCAAGCAAAUAAUUUCAAAUGUAAUUGUUCAUUACAUAGAUAGUCCAAAAUGUUUUUUAGUAAGUAAUUUGCAAUAUUCUGAUAGAAUUAUUGCUCUUCAAAGAGACAUUGAUGAUGCUAUCAAUAAUACAUCUGUUGAAAAAUUAACUUGUGCCACUGUUGGAAGUGUAUGUUUAGCAUUAAUACCUGGAGAAAAUAAGUAUAACCGUGUUAUUAUUCAAAAAAUUGACAAUCAAAUAGCUGAUAUUCUCUAUGUAGAUUAUGGUGAAUUUUACCAAGUUGAAAUUCAUAAUUUAUUAACUAUACCCUCAGAUUUGAUAACAAAGUUACCAUUUCAAGUAAUUGAGUGUAGUUUAAGUGGUUUUAAUGAUAGUUUACCAACCAAUGUUUUAGAUCAAUUUAAUAAUCGUUUAUUAGAACUUACAGAUACUAUGAUAAAUUUAAAAGUUCUUUCUUCUACUAUGGAUGCAAAGUUGACUGGAGGAACCUGUUAUGAAGUUGUAUUAUUUAAGCAUGAUAUAAAUAUAAAUGUCACACUGGCUGAUGAAUUUAAUAUGUAUGUUGAUGAUACUCAAAUACAGAAUAUUUCAAGCAUAAAUUGUAAACACGAGGAAAAUGAUAGUGAAGAUGAUAAUGAAAUUGAUGAAGAAGACUUAAAAGGUCAGAUAGAUCUACUAAACAGCCUAUUCAAAAUGUCAAAUCAAAUAGAUGAAACUCAAAUUGAACCAAGUUUAACAAAUGAAACCCAAACUGUACCAAGUUCGGCUAAUGAAAACAUUAAUAAGUCUGUUUCAAAAACAUUAAAUAAAGAUAAUAUAAUUUCAAACACAGAACAGAUAAAAGAUGUAAACAUUUUAAAAAAAUAUUGUCUAGAUUGCAAUAAGACUCCAGUGGUCCCUCAAUGUUUUUGGCAUCAAGAUGACACUUGGAUUUAUCUUAAAUUGAAUAUUUUGUCAGUAAACAAUUAUCAUAUAUCAUAUACAAUAGAUACCAUAACAAUAAAUGUUGAAACAAAUUCUGUAUCCUAUUCUUUUACAGCAAUUUUGUAUGGGUUUAUUAUAGAUGAACUGUGUACUUGUCAUGUAGGUUUUGAUGGGAUUUUCAUCAAAGCACAAAAAUUUAUAAAAGUUAAAUAUCAAUGGCCUAGACUUUUAAAAUGUACAAAAAAACAUAAAUAUAUUAUUUAUGAUACAGAAUUCUGCAAUACUGAUAAAAACUGGAAUUUGUGGUGUAAAAUAUUGAAUAAUUUCAAAUUAAGAGCUCUUGGUGAACAGUUAAAUAAAGAAUAUCUUGAUAGUGAUUAUGAUGAUAGUGAUUGUACCGAUAAUGAUAAUACCAUUGUUGAAGAUUGAUUAAAAAUAAAUUUUCCAUACCACAUUUAUUUUAUACUUUAAUGUUCUAAUAUAAA